AGGCAGGACAGCAAAAUCCUAUGAACCCAUAGAACAAACUAAACAAGCUCGUGUCAUAUAUACACAAUACUUGACAUUGUAUCAAAUAAACUGAAACAUUGGACUGAAAUCAGCAAUCAAGCAGACACUAAAUACUGUAUAUUUUGUGGAACAGGGCCAAGUGAAAAGGGAGACAGGCAACCUUUGAGUGAGUGAGUAACAGGGGGACCUUACAGCAUAUUCUUUGCCCUGGAGCCCCUUGCAGAAUAAUCCAGCCGUGCUGGACAGUACAUGAACUAUUACUUAUGUUUUUAUAAUGUCCAUUCAUGGUUUGAAAGGUCCACUUUAGUGUAGGCUGCCAUCUUAUCUUAAGCAGUAGCCUACUUCUUCAGAGGUACAUAGAGAGAGAGAGAGAGAGAGAGAGAGCGAGAGAGAGAGAGAGGAACACAAGCAAACAUACUCACUUUAGUGUCAAAUUUGUCACCUCAGAGUGAAAUGUUCAAUAGUCAAAAUGUCCAAUUAGACCAUGUGAGUCGUGUGUCUGCCCGUGGGCUAUAUAUGAGCAUGGUUUCCCACUCACCAGGUUUACUAAAGAAACUGAGGAGGAUGAACCAAACACCUGAACUACUUUGGCAGAGUUGUGUUGGACAGUAGCCUUUAUCAGUUUAUCAGCUUCUCCUCCCUUCUCGGUGUUGUGAGUCUUACAGAGCUUAGUUCAGGAUCAUGGAGGAACUGGCCCGGGAGAGCAUCAGCCUGCUGGCCCGGUCUGCGUCUCACGCCGACCCGCCACGGCUCGGCUCGUUAGGAGCGGUGUUCAUCAUGCUGAAGUCUGCGCUGGGAGCCGGACUGCUCAACUUCCCCUGGGCCUUCCAGAAGGCGGGAGGAGUCACUACUGCUGUCAGCGUGGAGCUGGUUUCACUGGUCUUCCUCAUCAGUGGUCUGGUCAUCCUCGGCUACUCCUCGUCAGUGAGCAAACAGAAGACGUAUCAGGACGUGGUGAGAGAGGUGUGUGGAGGAGCUGUGGGCCAACUCUGUGAAGUCUGUUUCUGCUUCAAUCUCUUCAUGAUAUGUGUGGCCUUCCUGGUGGUGGUGCAGGACCAGCUGGAGAAAUUGUGUAUUUCUUUAUAUGAGACGGUCACUGGGUCCAGUGAGGGCGACAUGCCGUAUCACUGGUACACCGACCAACGCUUCGCCCUCUUCAUCAUGUGCCUCUUCAUCAUCUUACCUCUGUCCAUACCAAAAGAAAUCGGCAUCCAGAAAUACACAAGUGUGUUGGGGACGCUGGCCGCUACGUAUCUGUGUGUGGCAGUGAUUGUCAAAUAUUACCUGAUGGAGAGCCACCCUGUUAUAUUAACUCCAGAGCACAGCCAAGGUGUGGGUUCGUGGGCUUCGAUGUUUAGCGUCGUGCCGACCAUCUGCUUCGGCUUCCAGUGCCAUGAAGCGUGCAUUGCCAUCUACAGCAGCAUGGAGAACCAAAAGCUCCUCCACUGGGUGAUCAUAUCUGUGGUCUCCAUGUUCUUCUGUUUACUCAUCUACACUCUGACCGGUGUGUACGGCUUCAUGACGUUUGGACGAGAGGUGGCCUCCGAUAUAUUGAUGUCAUAUCCAGGAAAUGAUGUGGUCAUGAUCAUCUCCAGACUACUUUUUGGAAUAUCAAUCAUCACCAUCUAUCCUAUUAUUCUUCUUCUGGGGAGAUCUGUUAUCCUGAACCUGGUGCUGCGUAUUCAAAGACGUCGUCAGGGAAUCGUCACUCAUACGUUUGAGAGUCGCUGCAGAUUCGUUCUCACUGUGAUCUGGAUCGCCAUCACUCUUCUCAUCGCCAUGUUUGUCCCCGACAUGGGGGAGGUCAUCAGUGUCAUCGGAGGAAUCAGCGCCUUCUUCAUCUUUAUUUUUCCUGGUCUUUGCUUAGUGUUCACAAUGCAAACUGAACCUGUGUCUCCAAGAGUCAGGGUGAUUUUAACAGUGUGGGGAGUUAUAACUAUUGUAGUUGGAGCCUUCAUCUUCGGACAGAGCACCACCAUCGCUAUCAUGGAGCUUUGCCAGAAAUUCUGAUAUUCACACCGUUAUUAUCACCACUGACUACACUAUCUGCAGCAGCUGCUUCACUGUGACUCCACAGCGUUUUUUGCACAACUGAAAGUUGCAUUUGUAAAGGUGGUUUUUAGUUGUAUAUAUAUAUAUAUAUUUAUGAUCCUUAUUAAGGUCAUCCAUGACCUGGAUACAAAAUAUAUUUACUAUGUGGGAAUGUAAUAUUUCUGUGUGAUGCAUAAAUAUUGUAUUUAAAUAGAUUGUUAAUGGACAACUAUAUAAAGUCAAAGAGAAGAAUGCAUUGUUUAGUAUUUAAAAGUUCAUGUGUAGAAAAAUAUUGUUUGAAUACAUGUUUUAUUAUUUAAUUUGGUAUAUCAAUAAUAUAAUAAUAGGCUAUAUUAAAUGAGAAAUGUGAA